UCUUACCAUGAGACUUGCAUCAGAAUCACCAAAGAAAGACAAACUUUUUAGGUUUCUGAGAAACUCAAGUAGACUAUGUUGUUCUGACAGAUUCUGUCAUCAAAGAAACAACACACCCACACACAGACAUUGUUUCCACCUGUUAGAAAACUCCCAACUUCCCAAGGUUGUUGGUAAUGGACAGAGGGGGGACCAAAAAGGUAGGUUCCAGAGGGGAGUCUGAGGAUUCCCAGGAAGUGUCUGUUGAUUGGAAGGGCAGACCUUGCAGGGAUGACAAACAUGGUGGCAUGGCUGCUGCUGUUUUUGUACUAGGCCUGAUGUCGUUCGAGAUGAUGGCGAUAGCAGCUGUUGGGAACAACCUCAUCACUUAUGUCUUCAAUGACAUGCAUUUCCCUCUCUCAAAAUCUGCAAACAUAGUCACAAACUUCAUUGGCACUGUCUUCCUCCUCUCCCUCUUUGGUGGCUUCCUCUCUGAUUCCUAUCUGGGCAGCUUCUGGACCAUGCUCAUCUUUGGGUUCAUAGAGCUUUCUGGAUUUGUGUUACUGGCUGUGCAGGCUCAUCUACCACAGCUAAGGCCAGAGAAGUGUGACAUGGGGCUUAGCAGAGGGCAGUGCCCAGAAGCAAAGGGCUAUAAGGCCACAAUAUUCUAUUUGGCACUCUAUUUGGUGGCUUUAGGGAGUGGGUGUCUAAAGCCAAAUAUAAUCUCACUUGGGGCUGAUCAGUUCAGGAAGGAUCAUCCCAAGCAAUCCAAGAAGCUCUCAACUUACUUCAACUGUGCCUACUUUGCCUUCUGCUCCGGGGAGCUUAUCGCGCUGACUGUUCUGGUUUGGGUGCAAACGCACUCCGGAAUGGACUUGGGGUUCGGGGUAUCUGCUGCUGCCAUGGCUGCAGGACUGGUGAGCUUGAUAUCGGGGAGUUUUCGGUAUAGAAACAAGCCUCCCAGAGGGAGUAUUUUCACUCCAAUAGCCCAGGUCUUUGUGGCUGCAAUCACAAAGAGAAAGCAGAUCUGUCCAUCCAAUUCAGAAAUGCUCCAUGGAAGCAGUAGCAUUAACAUGGUAUCAAAAUCCAGCAGCCUCAUCCACACUGAUAAGCUCAGGUUUUUGGACAAGGCCUGCAUCAAAAUACAGAAUGGAGUAGAGAGCCCCUGGAGACUAUGCACAGUGACACAAGUGGAGCAAGUGAAGAUACUGAUCUCAGUUGUGCCAAUAUUUGCCUGCACAAUCAUCUUCAACACUAUCCUAGCUCAGCUCCAGACAUUCUCGGUCCAGCAAGGGUCUGUCAUGAACACUCGCCUCGGGGCCAAGUCCUUCCAGAUCCCCCCCGCAUCUCUCCAGGCCAUCCCCUACAUCAUGCUCAUAUUCCUGGUGCCCCUCUAUGAGAUGGUUUUUGUCCCCAUUGCCAGGAGGCUCACCGCGAAAGACUCUGGGAUUUCGCCCUUGCAGAGGGUGGGCAUCGGGCUUUUCAUCGCCACUUUCUCCAUGGUCUCAGCUGCAGUGGUGGAGAGCAAGAGGAGGAACUCUACAGCCACGCUAUCCAUCUUCUGGAUCGCCCCGCAGUUCCUCAUCUUUGGGCUGUCUGAGAUGUUCACAGCGGUGGGACUGAUCGAGUUCUUCUACAAGCAGUCAUUGGAAGGGAUGCAGUCAUUCUUGACAGCCAUGACAUACUGCUCUUACUCCUUUGGCUUCUAUCUCAGCUCUCUUCUCGUGUCUUUGGUCAACAAGAUUACCUCAACUCCUAAAAAGGGAGGGUGGCUUAGUGACAAUGAUCUCAACCGAGACAGGCUAGACCUGUUCUAUUGGCUGUUAGCUGCUCUUAGCCUCAUCAACUUCUUUAACUAUCUUUUCUGCUCCAGAUGGUAUUCUUACAACCCCUCGGUAUCCCCAGCCGCCGCCCUAAACCAACCUCAGCCUCGGGACUUAGAGACUGCAAAUUCUAACUCUUUGUAAUGGAUAUGCAGAUGGAAAGCUAACUGAACACAUUAGGAUCUGAUUUCUAGCUAGCAUUAUCUGUCAAAAAAGUUUGUAAGAUGAUUACUACUACUA